AGAAGAAAUGAUUGCCCCUUUUGAAUCUGGGCCUCUGUGAAUUGUGACUGUGUAGUCGUCAGUCGGUCAAAAUUCAUAGUGUUUCUCUCUCCUGAUCGAUCUACCCCUCUUUCUCUCUUUCAAUUUUUUUUGCCUUUUGGUUGUGGGGAUGUGUCAGGUUGAAUGGAUUUCCUUGGCCUUUUCUUAUUGCUAAUAAAUACUACCAACGCUUUUCCUUUCUCUCUCCCUCUUAAAUCUGUCCAUCACUUUUUGGGGUUAGUGCUUUGCAUUAGUAGUUUUAGAUUUCCACUUUUAACUUUCAAGAUUGUUGAUAAUUUUAAGGCCGAAGCUAGGUUUCAAUUGAGAGAGAGAAUAGUCAUUUGUGAUUACUGAUUACUGAUUUGCAAUCUGUGUUUAUAUAUAUAUAUAUGUAUGUAUGUAGAGAGAGAGAGAGAGAGAGAAAGCCAUAACCCAUAACCAUGUUUGCAUUAAAAUCCCUAAAUCAGUACUGAACACAACGUGUUCGAUGAAAAGAUUCAUACAGUAUUGAUCAAAAACUGAUUCACAAAAUAGCACCUUUUUUCUCUCUCUCUCUCUCUUUCUAUUGCAUGGAUCUGACAGUAGCAAGCCAAGGUGGCGGCGGCGGCGGGGUGGUUCAGCGCGACUACAGGAAGGGGAACUGGAACAUCAAGGAAACGAUGACGCUGAUCGAGGCGAAGAGGAUGGACGACGAGCGGCGGAUGAAGCGGCUGGGCGACACGGCGGAGAGGGGGAAGCCGGCGGAGCUGCGGUGGAAAUGGGUGGAGGACUACUGCUGGAGAAACGGCUGCUUCCGGAGCCAGAAUCAGUGCAACGACAAGUGGGACAAUCUGAUGAGGGAUUUCAAGAAAGUGAGGGAGUUUGAGCGGAAAAUCGCGGCGGAGAGAGGCGGCGGCGGAGGAGGAGGGGAGCAGGAGAAGUCGUAUUGGAGAAUGGAGAAAACGGAGAGGAAAGACAACAAUUUGCCCUCGAACAUGCUGCCGCAGAUAUACGAGGCGCUUGUGGCGGUGGUGGAGAGAAAAGGGCAAUCAGCCACGGCGGCGGGAGGUAGUAGUGGCGGUGGUGGUGGUGGUGGGGCCGGGAGCUCUAUUGGAAAUGUUGCAAUUACUAGUGGACAUUUUUUGGGACAGCAGCAUUCAAUGCCGUCUCCUAUUGUUCAGUGCCAGACUCUUCCUUCUCCGGCAAUGCUUACGCCACAACUGCCGCCACCGGCGUCACUUCCAUCUGCUCAACCAUUACCCACACCAGAUUCCGACACGAGCGAGUACUCUGGGUCACCGGCAAAGAGAAGGCGGCGAAGAGGCGGAGGUGGAGAAGGAACGAGCGGAAGUGGCGCCGCCACGCUGCAAGAAGUAGGGUCUGCGAUAUCAAGGAGUGCUUCAAUCAUAGCAGAAGCAAUUCAAUCAUGCGAGGAUAGAGAAGAGGAAAGGCACAAAGAAAUGGUGAGUUUGCACAAGAGAAGGCUCCAAAUUGAGGAAUCAAAGGCUGAGAUCAAUCGGCAAGGCAUCAACGGCCUCGUCGACGCCAUCAACAAGCUCGCAAACUCCAUGCUUGCUUUGGCAGCCAACAGAAGCCAGCCCUCUCCCAAAUAAUUAAUUACUUCAUUAAUUGAUGAUCAAUUCUUAUAUUUAUAUUUAUAUAUAUCUAUAUAGUCAUUUCCAUUAAUGGUGCAUAAAUGUAGAGAAAGAGGGAGCUGGCUGGGAUCGAUUCAUUAGGUUAAUCAUCCAAUAGUCUGUAAUUAAUCUUGUUAUUUCAUGCGUAGUGAUGGAUUAAUUAGAGAAAAUUAAAAAAUGUUGGUUGCCACGUGGGAAAAGGUGAUGGUCAAAGAGGGUUAGGAGUCAAGAUUUCAAGUGUGGGAAACACUGCAACACCAUUGCGCAGAGUGGCCAUUUAUGCGUUAUUAUUGGUGUCAGCGUUGUUGUUUUGUCAAGGGACUGCCUUGCCUCACUGUGUGUUGUGUGUGUGAAUUUUUAAAAUUUUUAUUUUAUUUAUUUCAAGAAUGUGAAAAAGAAAAGAAAAAAAAGGUGUUUGGCCUUUCUCUUUCCCAUCACACACACCGUUGAUUCUUCUCUCUCUCUUCUGCUUCUCUCUCAUGGGUAUUUCAGCUUUUUGCCUUUUGAGACCCAUUCGUGAGACCGACUGCCACCAAUAUCACUGUAAAUUCAUUGCACCAUAUCGUGCACACAUUUUCGAAGCUACGGAGGAAUAAGUUUAUCUUUUGGUAUUCAAUUUCAUUGCAUAUAUAUGUACAAUCUCAUAUAUAUUCUCAUUCCUUUGUAUUUACUAAUCUAAUGUUUUUUUUAUUGUGUAUUAUGAUACGGGAUUUUGUCGAA